AUGUCUUAAUAAAAAUUGGAGAAGAUUCAAAAUCACUUCCUGUAUGACAAACUCAUUGAAAAAUUGUUUGAGAAAAAGGAAAUAACAAAAAAGUAUAAUUUCUAUUACAUAUAGACUAUAUAUAAAAAAAGAAUUAAAAGAUAAUCAUGGAGCAUUUGAAGGUGAAUUCAAGGCAAGUUUCAAAAAUAUUGUUGAUUCAAAAUAAUGA